UUGUACACGGAAGUAGCUGCGAGCGGUGUAAAGUUUCACCCAGCCGACACAUGCAGAGGAUUUCUCAUGAUGGCGGCUGCUGAACUGAAGCCUGAGGUGACGUGUUCCAUCUGUACGGACAUUUUUACAGAUCCCGUCACCCUAGGAUGUGGACACAGCUUCUGUAAAAUUUGCAUCACAAGAACAUUUGACAACCAACAUGACAGGGAAUACUUUUGUCCAGAAUGCAUGAAGGAUUUCAGGAGACGUCCAGAAUUAAAGAAGAAUCCAAGAUUAUCCAACAUUGCCGAUCAUUUCCAUUCUGUGGAGCCAAAAAGACACAAACCUGAGCAUGUUUGCAGUUAUUGUGUUAAAUUGCAUGUACCCGCUGUUACAUUGUGUCUACACUGUGAAGCUUUUCUCUGUGAUGUUCAUAAACAGGCGCACAGCAAGUCACCAGAACACGUCCUCACCGAUCCCACCACUUCCCUGGAGGAUAGAAAGUGUCCCGUCCACAAGAAGGUCCUGGAGUAUUACUGCAUUGAUGAUGGAACUUGUAUAUGUGUUUACUGCUUGGCCUCAGACCACAAUGGGCACAGACUCAGCACAAUAAGUGAGUUUUUUCAGCAAAAGACAAAAAAUCUGGAACCGAUUCUGGAUAAGUUGUCCUCUAAGAGAGUGGAAACUGAAAAAAAGCUCCAGAGUCUGCAGGAUCACAAGAGGAAGAUCGAUAAUGAGGCAGAUGGUGUAGCUGAGAAAGUCACCUCCAUAAUGAGAGACAUCAGGAGAAAACAAGAGGAUCUAGAGAAGAGAGUACGGGCUGAAAUCUCCAGUCAACAACAACAGAUUUCCCUCUCAGUCUCAAAUGAUAUCCAGCAACUAGAAAAGGAAAAGACGGAACUAAAUAAGAAGAUCACUGAAAUUGAGGAGCUGAGUAGAAGUACUAACCCAAUAUCAGCCUUACAGACUCCAGAAAUGUUGAUUUGUGUCUCAGAGGACGAGUAUGAUUUGGACAAAGGGGUUGCUAGCACAAUGAUCCGUAAAGGGGGUGAUCUGAAGGAGGACGUUAUCUUUGAGACUUUGCAUUCAGGGCUAUCAAACAUUGUGGAGGGAACAAAUGUCUAUGUGAAGGAUGUUCAAAAAGUUUCACUCUCUGCAGCUGAUGAUAAUAUACAUAUAGGAAGUAGUAGUGUUUCCAAUAAGCUUCAAGUAGAAGUGCCGGUCUUUACAUAUGGACCAAUUGCCCCUGUUUGGUCCCACACCCCAUUAAAAACUCAAGUUCAGGCAAUCACAACUAAACCUCAAAACGCUCUACUCAAUGCAGGUGGAUGUCAAAACAUUCCACUUGUCGCAGCUAAACCUCUAAGAAUUCCAACCGUUGAAGCGGAACCUCAAAACAUUCCAGCUAUUGCAGCUGAAGCGCAAAACGUUCCAUUCAGUGCAGCUGAACCGCAAAACCUUCCAUUCAGUGCAGCUGAAUCUCAAAACAUUUCACUCAUUGAAGCUGAACCUCAGAACAUUCACUUGGUUGCAGCCGAACCUCAAAACGUUCCACUGGUUGCAGCUGAACCUCAAAACAUUCCACUUGUUGAAGCUAAACCUCUAAGAGUUCCAACCGUUGAAUCGGAACCUCAAAACAUUCCAGCUAUUGCAGCUGAAGCGCAAAACCUUCCAUUCAGUGCAGAUGAAUCUCAAAACAUUUCACUCAUUGAAGCUGAACCUCAGAACAUUCAAUUGGUUGCAGCCGAACCUCAAAACGUUUCACUGGUUGCAGCUGAACAUCAAAAUGUUCUACUCAUCGCAGUUGCACCUCAAAAUGAUACAGUCGUCAUUGCAGCUGAAUCUCAAAACAUUCCACUUGUUGCAGCUGAACCUCAAAACGUUCCACUCAUUGCAGCUGAACCUCAAAACAGUUCACUCAUUCAAGCUGAACCUCAGAACAUUCCAUUGGUUGCAGCUGAACCUCAAAACGUUCCACUCGUAGCUGAACCUCAAAACGUUCCACUCAUUGCAGCUGAACCUCAAAACAUUCCACUUGUUGCAGCUAAGCCUCUAAGAGUUCUAACCGUUGAAGUGGAACCUCAAAACAUUCCAGCUAUUUCAGCUGAACCUCAAAACCUUCCACUCAGUGCAGCUGAAUCUCAAAACAUUUCAGUCAUGGAAGCUGAACCUCAAAAUGUUCCACUCAUUCUUGGCAAUAGCAGCACUACCCAAGAAAUAUUACUUGGUGUAAACACAGCUAGUAACUAUUUGCUCACCUAUGAUGACAUGGAUGACGACACUAAUGAUGACACCGAAAAUUACACUGACGAUGACUUUGCUGAUUAUCUUGAAAAUUACGACGAUGAUAACAGCGAAAAUGACAUUGACGAUGACAGCGAAAAUGACAUUGACGAUGACAGCGAAAAUGACAUUGAUAAACUAAUUGAUAAAGAUACCGAAGAUGAUCUCGAAAAUGAAAAUUACACUGGUUCGGAGACCGAAAAAGACACUAAUGAUGAGACCGAAAAUGACACUGAUGAUGACUUUGGCUGCUAAUUACGGUGUAUGUAUUCUGUUUAUUUAUAAUUAAAAACAGUGAAAAAAACAGAUACUCCCCUUCUGAGAGAAUAAAAAUGGAAUUGGAUUAUGAA